CUCUCUCUUUCUCUCUUAAUAUACAUCUCAAAAUGACAAUACAACGCACUAUGACAACUACAAUUAAUACAAUGAUGAAGCAAUUAAAAGAAAAUCCCGUCAAUUGGGCUUUAGUUGCUAUUCUUGCUUAUCUUGUUCGCUCCUAUGCUACAGUAGGCAACAAAUUACCCCUUAUUCAAGAAGCAAAACAUCCAGAAGUUAUUUUAUUUAAAAAUUAUACGCCUUUAGAAUUACUGCCUUUUGAUGGAAAUGGAAAAGAUGGACGCAUUUUGAUUGCUGUUAAUGGGUCUAUUUAUGAUGUUACGAGAGGUCGAAACUUUUACGGACCAGGAGGACCUUAUGCUAAUUUUGCAGGACAUGAUGCUUCUCGUGGAUUAGCUAAAAACUCUUUUGACGAAGAAAUGUUGGUUGAUCCUCAUGGACCUAUUGAUAAGUUGGAAGAUUUAGCCAGUGAUGAAUGGGAUUCAUUAAGAGAAUGGGAGCAACAUUUUGCUACUAAAUACCUGUUUGUUGGUAAAUUAAUUGAAAAUAACUAAUAAAGUAAAUACACAAACA